GGAAGAAGAAGAAGAAGAAGAAGAAGAAAUAGGAGAGGAGGAAGACGAAAAUGGCGAACCUCAACUCCGCAAUUGACUCAGUCUUCUGGGACCAGAACGUUUCUUCACCCCAAACCCUCGAAGGAACUGCUCGUUACGUUCCCGGUGAACCAUUUCCCGUGGACGGUGCACGAGCAAGCCGCUCUCACCGGAUUCAACAGCUCUCUCUUCUCCGAGAAGGCUUUCCUCUCGGAAUCAUCCCUGCUUUUGCUCCUUCUUCCGACAAGAGACUCGGCUCUUUCUCCCUCAACUCCCUCUUGCUCAGCCCUUCCUCUUCCAACUGGUGGGUAGGAUUGGUUGGACAGUUCAAACCAAGGAAGCUCUUUGCUGAUAUCAAAGCAAAUAUCAACAAGGCAGAGGAAUGGGAUCUCAAGCUUUUCAAAGACACAACAAAACACAUUGUAGACAAAUCUCUCUACUCGCUUGGUUUAUGGACUCAGAUUGCGUUAGGCUCUUCUUCCUCUCUCUUGCUGAGCGCUGAACGGCAUGGAGAUAAAGACGGACUCAGAAAGAAGUUGAUGUUUAUUCAUCCGCUUGAGAAACAUGACCUCACUGUGGAAGCAGCUUGGCCGGACUUGUUUUUGGACCAUAAAGGACGCUUCUGGGAUGUUCCUGAGUCAUUAAACUUUGAUGUCUCCUCGCUUGCUCCAGAGUCCGGUCUUCAAUACCGUUUUGGUGUACACAAAAGCAAGGGUGAUCCUCACCCUGUGAAUGCUGCUGGUGAGAGUUAUGGUGGAGGUGAUGCUCCUGCUUCUUUGAUGCCUGGUUUAUGCGCCAAGGCUGCAGUUUCAUACAAGGCUAAGAAAAACUUGUGGAAGCCCAAAGAGGAAGAAGACAACAACACCGAAGAAGAAGAUGAUGAUGCACCUGUUUUUCUACCUUACGAUAUAAGGCUAAAGGAGCCUCAUGCAGCAGUUUCGGGGAUACUAGGUAGCAGCUUGGCAGCUUGGGUUACAGGCGGAGGCAAGAAGCGGAGUCCGAUGAGCGCAGAUGUGUUUGGUUCUGCUUGUUGUACGUUCCAGAAAGGGCGGUUUAGUAAGCUGUAUGGUGACCUAACACGAGUAGAUGCUCGCGUGGACGUGUCCUCAGCUUCUGCUCUUGCUAAAAGAAUCUUUGACGCAGUUAGAAGAUCUUCAGGUAGUGACAAAACAGAUGACACAUUGGGUUCUCCCAGACUCAGCCUGAUAUUCCAGCAACAGGUUGCAGGUCCAAUCGUUUUCAAAGUAGACUCGCAGUUUCAGCUAGGGAAGUAUGGUGCAGAAAUUGAGGAUCUUAUUUACAGUUUGAACUACUCGUUGAGGCUUCUUGAGUCUGGAAAAGUUGUGGCUUGGUAUUCUCCAAAGAGAAAAGAAGGCAUGGUCGAGCUUCGAGUUUUUGAGUUUUAGAUCUUUCUUUAGUUUUGUACCAUUUGAAAAUCUGUAUCGGAAGAUGCUACACUUGGUAAAGUCUUUUUGGUUUAAAUCUAGUUGAAGAUCUUAUGCUUCU